CAGCAAGUUGCACAUUCAAAUCAAAGGGGAAGAGAAAGUUGGUGAGUUUGAGAGAUUUUUAUUUUUCGCAAGGGAAGGCAGAGAAGUCAUCCGACUCGGGGGAUUAAGUGAAGCAAAGCCAGUCAGGGAAACAGCUGGGAGUCUCUCUAUGACAAGGAGUUACUGUCAACAGUCACAGUGUGGAUUGAAGGUUUUCUGAACUUCCCCUUUUCACCGAACUGAGCGGCGUGUCGAAGGAGCAGCUCGGCCACUAACGCCGAUUUCACACACAGAUACAGAAUCCCUCUCUGAGGCCAUGGGGACGGUGAGCGAGCUAUGUGUGUCCAGCCUUCAGACGUUCUUGUGCCCAGCUGUGAAGACACCUCCAGUUCCAGACGAUCUCACCCCGGCGGAGCAGCAGGAGCUGGAGAAUAUCCGCCGGCGAAAGCAAGAGCUGUUGGAGGACAUUCAGCGGCUGAAGGAUGAGAUAGCAGAAGUGACCAGUGAGAUUGAGAAUCUCGGCUCCACUGAAGAGAGGAAAAAUAUGCAGAGGAACAAACAGGUGGCCAUGGGCCGAAAGAAAUUCAACAUGGACCCCAAAAAGGGGAUCCAAUUCCUGAUUGAGAAUGACUUGCUGAAGAAUACCAGCGACAACAUUGCUCAGUUCCUCUACAAAGGCGAGGGUCUGAACAAAACGGCCAUCGGAGAUUAUCUGGGAGAGAGAGAUGAUUUCAAUAUCCAAGUCCUCCAUGCUUUUGUGGAGCUUCAUGAGUUCACAGACCUCAACCUGGUUCAGGCCCUGAGGCAGUUCCUGUGGAGUUUUCGUCUGCCGGGAGAAGCCCAGAAGAUCGACCGUAUGAUGGAAGCCUUCGCUCAGCGCUACUGCCAGUGCAACCCUGGUGUUUUCCAAUCCACAGAUACGUGCUACAUCCUUUCGUUUGCCAUCAUUAUGCUGAACACCAGCCUUCACAACCCCAACGUGAAGGACAAGCCGACCGUGGAGCGUUUCAUCUCUAUGAACAGAGGCAUUAAUGACGGAGGAGACCUACCUGAAGACCUGCUCAGGAAUCUAUACGACAGCAUAAAGAAUGAACCUUUCAAAAUUCCCGAGGAUGACGGCAAUGACCUCACACACACUUUCUUCAACCCAGACAGAGAAGGCUGGCUGCUGAAGCUGGGAGGCCGUGUUAAAACUUGGAAGAGAAGAUGGUUCAUUCUCACAGACAACUGUCUUUAUUACUUUGAGUACACCACAGACAAAGAGCCCAGAGGGAUCAUCCCGUUGGAGAAUCUGAGCAUCAGGGAAGUUGAGGAUAAGAAGCCACAUUGCUUUGAACUUUUCAUCCCUGACAACAAAGAUCAGGUAAUAAAAGCUUGCAAAACUGAGGCGGAUGGUCGCGUUGUCGAGGGCAAUCACACCUUCUAUCGCAUCUCUGCCCCCACUGCAGAGGAGAAAGAUGAAUGGAUGAACAGCAUAAAAGCUGCUAUUAGCAGGGACCCCUUUUAUGAAAUGCUUGCAGCCAGGAAGAAGAAAGUGUCGUCAAUUAAGAGACACUGAGCUCAUCUGACGUUGCGCUCGACUCAAAAAGGGGGCUGAAGGUCUGACUGUCUGCCUCCCCCAACUGGGUCGGUGCAGAAGCCACGGUUGAGCUCUCCCUCAGACGUCUCCAAGGAAUUCUUCACGGAUUGGUUCUGGCACUGGCCUCUACAGGCCAGAAAAAAUAAAAAUAAACAGGAAGCAUGCUGGGGUUUUAGAUAAGAGCCGGGUCAAAGCGUCCUCCAACCUUCUUUCUGAAUGUCUCCUCUUUUCUCUCACAGCUUUGGAGGUUCUGUGUCUCAGGCAGGAAGGGAAUCUUGCUGGUAAAAUCCCCUUUGAAAAAGCUUUAAGAAGUCAUUAUUCAAAUUCAUUGCAUAUAUUGACAACAGGCUCCUGCAAUCCCAUCUUGCACACGUCGUUUUAACUCAGCAGGUCUGACCCAAGUGUGGCACCAACAACCAAAAGAUUCCUCAAAGCUCUUCUCUGAUGUGCUUUAAUAUCUGUUAGUAACAAGCGUCUAUUUUUAAAGCUUUCAGUUGAGUUCUUCUUUUUGUCUGCCUUUGAAUAUAAUAGAGCUUUCUUGCAGCAGUAGCUGCUGAAAGACUUUCAGACGGAGGGUUGGAGCCAUUUGGAAUAUUUAGUCCUUUUUUUUUUUUUUUUAAGAAAGUGUAACUCUGAAACCUGUUACAAAAGAGUUGCCACUCAGGAGAUUAAAACAAAAAUGGAGAGCUCCUCACGACACAGCCAUUCAAAGCUCGCCUCGCUGAGUCAGAAUUGUUAAAAGUUUGUUUUCUAAAUAUCCUGAAGAUGCUUCACGAGGAUUAGUGAUGAGCAUCUUCAUCACCUUAGUCUGCAAAACACAUUUAUUGGCUCCAUUUAGUCCACUGCAGCGCUACUCUGGACAUUUAGUUUCAAACGGAUAUAAAUUUUUCUCUAAUUUGAUCAAUUUGGUUAUUCCAAAGUUUUAUUGAAACAGCGUAAGGAUAAAUAGAGACAAAUAUGUAAUAACGAAAAAUUUCUUCCUAAUUGUUGUGAUAAUCGCACAGAGUGGGAAUUUGCAAAGUGGGCCUUGACUGUCGGCAUUUUUAAUUAUCUCCAGUUAUCCAAUUCGCACUUGAACACCCCAAACUGAGCUCUGAAAAAUCUCCGUUGCCAUGCAGACGGUGGGUUUCCUUUUUACAAAGCUUCCAGGUUAGUGUGGACAGAGCCUUAGUUGCUUUCUCACACUCUUUGUACUUUAUAUGAAGCAAAAGAUCAGCAUCUGUCUAAUACUGAGAUAAUUUACAUGCUAGAGAACGUUAGUGCUUGGCACUUUUUAGAAAAUGUGACUGGAAUUGCUGCUGGUUGGCGAGCCUGAUUUAGUUUUCUUUACCCUUUCAAGCACAGAUUUUUCAUUCUUCCUUCUUGUUUGUUUUUUUAAUUUUUGGUGCAGCAUUAGCUUUUUUUAAUUUUUUGACAUAACCUCUCUGGCCAUUGUAAAAUACUGUAAACUCCAAGUUUGUGUGGAAGCCAUAUUGUAAAAAAACAAACAAAAAAAAGAGUUGCUGUUGAAGCUCCAAACUAUGCCUGUAAACAAGUGGGAUGUACUUCGUCUCAGGAUGUUUUUCUUUUGUAUGAAACGGGGCGGGUGGGAGUGCUGGCAGGGCUGCAGCAGCGACGAACUGAAAAUACAAUCCCAAAUUGUAUAUUUAGUUUUCCUUCUUUUCUUUUCCUUGUCCAGAGUUGAUUAUCUGUUCCUGUUUCUUGUCCUUUCCGCAACUUCCGGCGACUGCUCCCAAGAGGAUUAGGAAAGAAUGCAGAGCAGUCAAAAUUCUCCACAGUAUUGUUUUAUUUAUCAAAAUUGUACAUAUUUAAAUAUAUAGUGGGCAUUUUGUCCUGAGUUUUGUUAGUUUUGACAUUAUUUUGUUUAGUACACUGUUUCAGAUUUCUUAGUGCCAUUUACUCAAUUUGAAAUAAAGCCUCAUUUGUCUCAA